GAGGGAGAGGCAAAGGGGGGGACUUUUCACUCUGAGAAAAUCGGUUAGUGAGGCGGCGGGGAACGUCGACACCAUGGUAGCUCAACAGAAGAACCUGGAGGGAUAUGUGGGUUUUGCAAAUCUUCCCAACCAGGUGUACAGAAAAUCGGUCAAGAGAGGCUUUGAGUUUACUCUCAUGGUUGUAGGGGAAUCCGGUCUUGGGAAGUCCACGCUGAUAAACUCCUUAUUCCUAACAGACUUGUAUUCUGCAGAAUACCCUGGUCCUUCACACAGAAUCAAGAAAACUGUGCAGGUGGAACAGUCCAAGGUGUUAAUAAAGGAGGGUGGAGUUCAGCUCCUUCUCACGAUAGUCGACACUCCAGGAUUCGGAGAUGCUGUGGACAACAGCAACUGCUGGCAGCCUGUCAUCGAUCACAUCGAUAGCAAGUUUGAGGAUUACCUCAACGCAGAGUCCCGUGUCAACAGACGGCAGAUGCCUGACAACCGAGUGCACUGCUGUCUCUACUUCAUCGCCCCCUCUGGACAUGGGCUGAAGCCACUGGAUAUCGAGUUCAUGAAACGGUUACAUGAGAAAGUGAACAUCAUUCCACUCAUUGCCAAAGCUGACACACUGACUCCUGAGGAGUGCCAGCAGUUCAAAAAGCAGAUCAUGCGGGAGAUCCAGGAACACAAAAUCAAGAUUUACCAAUUUCCAGAGACGGACGAUGAGGAAGAGAACAAGUUAGUGAAAAAGAUCAAGGAUCGUCUUCCUCUUGCUGUUGUUGGCAGCAAUACCAUCAUCGAGGUUAACGGGAAGCGGGUCCGAGGCAGGCAGUAUCCCUGGGGUGUAGCAGAAGUGGAAAAUGGGGAGCACUGUGAUUUCACAAUUCUACGAAACAUGCUGAUCAGGACCCACAUGCAGGACUUGAAAGAUGUGACCAACAACGUCCACUAUGAGAACUACCGGAGCCGGAAGUUGGCAGCUGUCACCUAUAACGGUGUGGACAACAACAAGACCAAGGGCCAGCUCACCAAACUUGAUACAGUUGAAGGCAUGAGUCCUUUGGCACAGAUGGAGGAGGAGCGGCGAGAACACGUGGCCAAGAUGAAGAAGAUGGAGAUGGAGAUGGAGCAGGUGUUUGAGAUGAAGGUCAAGGAGAAGAUUCAGAAGUUGAAAGACUCUGAGGCAGAGCUGCAACGGCGUCAUGAGCAGAUGAAGAAGAACCUUGAGGCACAGCACAAGGAGCUGGAGGAGAAGCGGCGCCAGUUUGAAGAGGAGAAGGUAAACUGGGAGGCACAGCAGCGUUUUCUGGAGCAGCAGAAAUUGGAUGCCUCCAGGACUUUGGAAAAGAACAAAAAGAAGGGCAAGAUAUUUUAAAGUAUUUGAGGACCACCAUGUUAUGAUGUACUAGUUGCCAGUUGCCAAUUUUCCAGCCUGGACGUCAGUGUGUGUUUUGACCAAAAGCGCCAUCAUUUUCAGUCAGAUAACCAUCUGCAUGUGGAGAAGCCAGCUCAGCAUUGCCUGUGGGAUUCUGGGUGUAGAACUCACUGUCACAGAUGGGCUGAACCCAUUUUAGUCGCAUUUAAUUUUUCUAGUUCAAAAACCUGACGUUGGUCAUUGUGUGCCGAGGAAAUGGUUUGUACAAUCAUAUUUUGGUGGCUGAUUUGUUUACACGUACAAAAAUGACCCAUUCUUCCAUAAAGAAAGAAUUCACAAACUGUGUUGAGCUAAACCCUAUAAAAUGUUCCUCUGAAUGCUUCUCUUUGUUGAAUAUAACUCAUGAAAGCUCAUCCUGAGUGACAUUCCGAUCAUCGAAGGAAGAGUUUCUCACAUUUAAAAACAUUGACAGACGUCAUAAAGGAAAACCUAAAGGCUGACUCUCACCUCAGGCUUUUUAAAGAUAACAUUUUUAUUGCUUUACCCCAAAAAUAUUAUGCUUCUUCCACAUUCUGUAAAUUAUCUAUUCAUGGACAGCCAUCUUAUGUCAUUCAUUUAACAUUUCAUAUAGUUCAUUUUUUGUUAUUUUUUUCAUAUAUUGGCCCUGCUAAUUUUUUUCUUUUUUUUUUUUGUUUAUAAGUUGAAUAUCUCUGGGGAGGAAACCAUUCCUGGGCCAGUCAGAGUUCCUACAUUUGACUCCCUAAAGUGACCACAGAACUAAUAGCCCCUGGGAAUCUGCUUGUAUGAGUCAAC